GCCGGCCUCAGUGCACGCGGCUCCGCGGCGCGUGCGACUGUGCCUGCGCUCACCACCACCCACCGCUACCACACCGGCGAUAGUUCCCGAGUGGUGUCACAAGACUUGCGAAGAAGUGUUCAGUUGCACAAGACAAGUGUUGUUGAAACAGAGGCUGCGCUGGAGAGAUGGCGCAAGGCACCUGCGGCACCGACGUCACCCGCGCAAUCGCCGCACUGCUGCUCGUCGCCGUACUCGCUGCACACUACGCGCACGCGCAACCCCCUACUGCCGAUAAAUCUAUUGCAAAAGAUCGCAUCUUUAGACUCUCUGCUGGAAAAACCGUUGCUAAGCCAGUCAAGCUGGGAUUCUUUGGAACAAUUUUUCACCUCAUUUUAGAGCAAGUAAACGAUACGAAGAGCGCUUACAACCAAAUAUCGGACCUAGUAGGCAACCAGUUUACUGACGAUAACGUUGUGACGCCCGAGCCAGAACCUGUCAACGGAACCACUACGGAGUCUACGAAAAUAUCGAGACAAGAAUUCCUUAAAAUUUUGGACAGAAAUCUGAAGGGCCUAGCUCGCCUUCGCGCCCUCGAGUGGCGAGAAGCUCGGAAGGAUUCAUGGGCCAACCUACAAGGAUAUAAGAACGAGUUAUUUGGAGAGCAAAAAUCUGGGAAAAGAUAAUAAAAUGUAAAAAAAUAUUUUGAACAUUUAUUGUGUAGUUAUUUAUGUACGCAAAUUGAUUAAGUUCGUAGUAUAAGUAGAGUUCGUUAUUCAUUGUAAAGAUACUCUAGGCAAUUGAUACCCAAAGACCAUACUUGGUCCUUGUAUCAAAUCAACCCAUUCUAUGAAAUAAACUGAAUAAUAAAACAAACCUGAA